UCCCAGGCAUUCGACCUCCAAUUAUGAACGGGCCCAUGCACCCGCGCCCUUUAGUAGCACUGCUGGACGGCAGAGACUGCACCGUGGAGAUGCCCAUUCUGAAGGACGUGGCCACUGUGGCUUUCUGCGAUGCACAGUCUACACAAGAAAUCCAUGAAAAGGUACUAAAUGAAGCGGUGGGGGCCCUGAUGUAUCAUACAAUCACAUUAACCAGGGAAGAUCUGGAGAAGUUCAAAGCUCUUCGAAUAAUUGUCCGAAUCGGAAGUGGGUUUGACAACAUAGAUAUCAAGUCUGCCGGAGAUCUAGGUAUUGCAGUAUGUAAUGUGCCAGCAGCCUCUGUGGAGGAGACAGCGGAUUCGACUUUGUGCCACAUAUUAAAUUUAUACAGAAGAACAACGUGGCUGCAUCAAGCAUUACGAGAAGGAACUAGGGUGCAGAGCGUAGAGCAGAUAAGAGAGGUGGCCUCUGGGGCAGCUCGUAUCCGCGGGGAAACUUUAGGCAUUAUAGGACUGGGGCGGGUUGGUCAAGCGGUGGCGCUGCGAGCAAAAACCUUUGGUUUCAACGUUUUUUUCUACGACCCUUACCUCUCCGACGGCAUGGAACGUGCGCUCGGCCUCCAGCGGGUCACCACCCUGCAAGACCUUCUCUUCCAUAGCGACUGUGUAACCCUUCACUGCAGCUUAAAUGAGCACAACCAUCAUCUUAUCAACGACUUUACUAUUAAACAGAUGAGGCAGGGCGCCUUCUUAGUGAAUACAGCACGAGGGGGCUUGGUGGAUGAGAAGGCGCUGGCACAAGCCUUAAAGGAGGGUAGGAUACGAGGAGCGGCAUUAGAUGUACAUGAGUCGGAACCUUUCAGCUUCACCCAGGGACCCCUGAAAGAUGCCCCAAACCUCAUCUGUACACCCCACGCGUCUUGGUACAGCGAGCAAGCGUCCAUAGAGAUGCGGGAGGAGGCAGCGAGGGAAAUCCGCAGAGCAAUUACUGGUCGCAUUCCUGACAGCCUGAAAAACUGUGUUAAUAAAGAUCACUUAACUGCAGCAACACAUUGGGCCAGCAUGGAUCCUGGGGUUGUUCAUCCAGAGCUCAAUGGCGGUGCCUACAGAUACCCCCAGGGGGUAGUAAGUGUGGCUCCAGCUGGCAUCCCAGCAGCAGCAGUAGAAGGAAUAGUACCAACUGCUAUGCCUUUAUCACAUGGGCACCCAGCUGUUGUGCAUCCACCUCAUGCUCCUUCUCCCGGCCAAACCGUCAAACCAGAGGCUGACAGAGACCACCCAAGCGACCAGUUGUAGCCCUCAGGAAAGCCACGAGCAUUCCACCGGCAUCUAAGCAUUCAACCUCACAGAAGACGGGAAGAAGAAUCUGAGAGGAAAAAAAUCUGGAUUUUGGUUAACGAAGCAAACCUUCUGAACUUACAAGUUGACCUUUUAUUGUUUUUAGGGACUGGUCCAAAUAUACAACAUACAACGGGGGAGACAAAAAAGAGAAUUUGGGACCUUUCCCCCCCCACCCCUCCAUUUAAAAUUGUAGUUCCUGUCCAGUGGAAUAACUUCACUGUUCUGUGUCCAAUGGGUCCUUCGUUGCUCAAGAAAAGUCAGUAGUUAAUUAUAUCAUGAAUGUACUUGUUUGUGUACAGUUCUUGCAACAAAAAAGGGGUUUGUUCACUUGGCCAUCAACUGGGAGGAACACGAGAGAGAGAGAGAGGCAUUCGGCAAACCACUUUGAUGGUUUAAAAAAAGUUUUAAAAAAUAUAUUAUUUUCUUUUAUAUGUAUGCCCAAUAAAGCAGUCAGUUGGCAGACUUCUCAGGACAAUAUGUGAUCCCACUUUUUCUUUGGAAGCCACACAGUGCAUUGUUUUUCUACCUGCUUGUCUUGUACAUUUCUUUUUUUUUUUUUUUUCAAUGAUUUAGUAAAAACCGGAAAAUAUUUUUUUGGGAGGGGGAGUUUAUUUCCCUUAUUAUUUUAGCAUGGAUACCCCUCUUAUCAGAUAACUGUGGCAAGAACAAUAUUAAGGAAAAACAGGAAUUUCGUAAGGAAAAAAAUAAAUAAAGCGCCAGUGUUUCUGGUUGCAAAAAGUAUAUAUUGAUGGUGGUAUGUGGGAAAUUCCGACUACUGAAAGUAGUUCCGUUUCAUUGCCUACAUGAAUUCCUUCCCGGUAAUGUGGUAGGCUAGCAAUAUUUUUAUUUCCUUUUUUUUUUUUUUUUGUCCGUUUGUUUUUUGGGUUAAGAUCAUGUUUGUGAGUUGUAACCAUUUGUAUGACUUAUUAUUUUAAGAAAUAAAAUCCCAGAAAAAUA